UGGCUGUAAGCUCCUGGCUGCAGCUCUCUGCAGCUUCCUGCCCGCUGCUGCUCCGGACAAACGGCUCAUUCUCAUCACUGAUCAUGUGCCUCUCUCUCCGGCUGUCUCUGGCUCGCUCGGCGCUGCAGCAGGAAGUUAGACUUGUUUUCUCCCUGCUGCUUCCCUUUUCUCCCUCUUCUUGACAGCCCUAACCACAGACUUUUCUCUCAGCCUCUUUCUGCCGCGGCUCUCACCUCUCCUCUGCCGGGCGUGAGAGCCGUCUCCUUGUGCAGAGCUGUAGCCCGGGCAAACAGCGGGAGGGAGGCUGGCUCUGUGAAGCCUGAGACCGGCGGCGAACACCGGCAGAGUCCCCCUCUCCCCACCCCGCUCCGCUCCCUCCUCCCCCGGCCAGGGAGCGCAGGUCAUGGAGGCCCUGGUGGAGGAGAAUGAGCCGUCGCCGAUGGACCAGUCCCUGCCUUUGCCUCUGCCUACUCUCAGCCCGGCCGUGCCCCCCUACGUCACGUUGGGCCUGACUGUGGUGUACACCGUCUUCUACUCCCUGCUCUUCAUCUUCAUCUACGUCCAGCUCUGGCUGGUCCUACGGUACCGACACAAGCGCUUCAGCUACCAGACUGUGUUCCUGUUCCUGUGUCUGCUAUGGUCGGCCCUGCGCACCGUGCUCUUCUCCUUCUACUUCAAGAACUUCAUCACAGCCAACACUUUGGGUCCCUUUCCAUUCUGGCUGCUCUACUGCUUCCCCGUCUGCCUGCAGUUCUUCACACUCAGUCUCAUGAACCUUUACUUUGCACAGGUCAUUUUCAAGGCAAAGUCAAAAUAUGCACCGGAGCUUUUGAGAUACAGGCUGCCACUGUACCUGCUCUUCCUGUUUAUCAGCCUGGUGUUUUUAGUUGUGAACUUAGUGUGCGCCCUCCUGGUGAGGAUGUCCUCUGCAGAAGCCCACACCAUUGUACUGGUGAGGGUCGCGAUCAACGACACGCUCUUUGUCCUGUGUGCCAUCUCGCUCUCCCUUUGUCUGUACAAGAUCGCUAAGAUGUCGCUGGCCAACAUUUACCUGGAAUCCAAGGGAACAUCAGUGUGUCAGGUGACGGUUGUAGGAGCCAUCGUCAUCCUUCUGUACGCAUCUAGGGCCUGCUACAAUCUGGUCGUCCUGGGACUCUCAAACAAGAGUAUUAACUCCUUUGACUUUGACUGGUACAACGUUUCAGACCAGGCAGAUUUACAGUUGACUCUGGGCGACGCAGGCUACAUCGUCUUCGGGGUGAUCUUGUUUGUGUGGGAGCUGCUCCCCACGUCUCUUGUAGUUUUCUUCUUCAGAGUUCGGCAGCCCAACCUAGACAGAAGUGGCUCUGGGCUUCCCGGUCAUGUCUUCUCCUCUAGGGCUUAUUUCUUUGACAACCCACGCCGUUACGACAGCGACGAUGACCUGGCAUGGAGCGUCAUGCCUCAGAACAUCCAAGCCAGUUUGGCGGCUGACGGUUACGAGUGGGGGAGCCAAAGCAGCGGCAUCAGUGCCUACAUCGGAGGGGAUGAGAGUUACCACCUCCCUCCUCCUUCAGAGGAGCUCAGCCAUUACUGAGGGGAGUUCACAGUGACCCCUGCUGACCUGUAGCUUUGUGUUAUACUUGUAUAUUUUUGCACUCUCGCUGAUAUUAUCAGACUGAGACACACAGGGCUGAAAGCUGCCUUCAACUCGAUACAUUCAAUUUUCUAUUUUGUCUAGAGAAGAACUAACAAACCUUUCUCUCUGCCAGUAUAUGAAGUUCCACUGAUGGGACAUUAAUUUGCACACUCCUUGUACAAAGUAUGAUCUAAUUUUGACUGCUCUUAAAUGUUUCCCGUUGUAUAGUUUAUAUUGAAUACUGCUUAAUAUAUUUCCUGACCUUUGUAAUAUGUACUGUAUUACUAUUUUAUGUAUGUACGUUCUUUUUCAUACAGAUUUGUUUAUAUAGAUGAGAUAUACAUUUAAUUCAUAUUAAAAAAAGUUUAAAUGCUGUGAAAAA